CCCCAAAUUAUAAAGAGGAGCUGUCUUCAAUAAUUCGAAGAGCUCCUCUUGAUCUUCAUCCUCAUCUUUCAUCUUCUUCAUCAGUCAAUUACUUGAGAUUGCCAAUUUUCAUCAGGUGGUGUUUUUUCUAGGGUUCUUCGAUCCAAGAAAUAACAGUAAGUUGUAAUAGUAGUAGUUGUUAGUUAAUAGAAAAUAAAAAACGGAAAAGGAAUGUCGUCAGCUGGGCUUCAUAGAUCUUCGAGUGCUCCUUUGAAAGACGGCAUCCCUCCUAAAGAACUACUUGAUGAUCUCUGCAGUCGCUUUGUUCUGAAUGUGCCGAAGGAGGAUCAGCAAUCAUUUGAGAGGAUUUUAUUUCUCGUGGAGUAUGCACAUUGGUUCUAUGAGGACAAUUCCGUGGAAAAUAAUCCAUCUUUGAAGUCAUUCACUUUGAAGGAGUUUACCACUUUAAUGUUUAGCAGUUGUGAUGUUUUAAAGCCUUAUGUCCCCCACAUAGAUGACAUAUUCAAAGAUUUCACAUCAUACAAGGUUCGAGUUCCUGUAACGGGGGCAAUUAUUUUGGAUCAAACAUAUGAAAGGUGUGUACUAGUUAAAGGAUGGAAGGGCACAAGCUGGAGUUUUCCCAGAGGGAAAAAGAACAAAGAUGAGGAAGACGAUGCUUGUGCUAUCAGAGAGGUUCUGGAAGAAACAGGAUUUAAUGUUUCAAAACUUAUUAACAAAGAUGAGUACAUUGAAAUAAUAUUUGGGCCACAGAGGGUGCGACUCUACAUAGUUGGAGGUGUGAAAGAUGAUACAACGUUUGCCCCACAAACCAAAAAGGAGAUCAGUGAAAUUGCAUGGCAGCGUCUUGAUGAGCUUCAACCGGCAAAUCGGGAUGUAAUAUCACGUAGUGUAACUGGUCUUAAGUUAUACAUGGUUGCUCCAUUUUUGAAAUCUUUGAGAUCGUGGAUUUCCUCGCAUCAGCCACCAGUGACACCAAAACUAGAUGCACCUGCUAGAGCAAUGAGCGUGUGGAAGGCAAGAGGCAGUUCUUCGGGUAGUAACUUGGUGAUAACAGAGACUCCAUGGGUUGAGAAAGAGAAAGAGAAAGAGAAAGGGGGUCCAGGGAGAAGCUUCAGGAACUUUGAGUUCAAUAAUGGUCCUAUAUUGCAAGCAAUUGAAACUGGCAUGAAUUUGCACAUAGAUUAAUCAAGUAAGAUUGUGUAGAUUAUGAUUAUGUUUAUGUUUAUGUUUAUGUUAGAUGUAUUCUGUAUAAUUUGUGUAUAGCACAUUUUAUUCCAUCAUCAUUGUCGGAUGCAUCGCAAACUUACUUUUUACAAAACAAAUCCAUCCUUCCUUUGAU